GUUUCCGAUGUUGUAAAUAGUUUGGAAUGCUUACUCUGAGGAAGUGAAGAUUAUUGAUUAUGGCUCGCUAUUCCAAGGAAGAGCUGGAUGAAGAAUUUGAAAAGUUUAUGAAAGAGCUUUCUGAUGAGUCUUUUGAAAAUUCAAACAAGACACUCAGACAACCUCAAAAAGAAGUGAAGAAGAAAGAUGCAUUGCCAUGGUGGUUAACUGAAGAUGAUUUGGAAGAUGACAGAUUGCUUGAAACAAAUGUAAGCUAUGUGAAAACCAAGAAGAUUUCUCAGCCUCUUACGGACAUAGAAGAGGAGUCUGCUGAAAGGAUUCAAUUUCUUAAGAGCAGUGGAACCUCAAUCUUAAGUAUUGACAGCUUAGAAACAAAUGAGAUAGUUUCUGAUCUCAAUCAUAGUGUUCUUGGAUUGGGGUUGGACACGUUAGAAGAACAAGAAGAAAAAGAGCAAUUUUUCGCCCGACUUGAGAAAGGGUUAACAUCUUCCAUUGAUUAUUCGAGACUAAAUAAGGAGUUGGAUUAUAACGACUCAACACAUUUUAAAGAUUUACAGAGUAGUCAAGCUAAUAUAAAACUAACUGAAGAACUAACUGAAGAUAAACAUGAGAGUGAAUCAAAACAUGAAGAACUGUCAGAAAACUACAGUGAUGAUUUUGAACAUGAGGACAUUGACGUAUCUUCGGCUGCUAAAGAUGAAGAGAUUAAUUCCAAAGAAAAUUCAGAAAAAAUAAAUGUACCUAAACAGGAAGAAGAGAAAACUGGAAUGCUGGCAAAUGUGGUGCUGAUUGAUUCAUUAGACUCCGUUGGAGAGACCAACUUGGCUGAAGAUAAAGCAACGACUGAGCCCCUGACCCUGCCAGAAAUAACUGGGAAUGGAAUGGUAGGAACAGCUCUUUCGUAUGGACAGAGCAAUAGCGACAUUGAAGCUCUCCAUCAGGCUUAUCAUCACGUAGCCCACUCUUUGGGAGACGGAGGGGAGGAAGGAAUUGGAAGCCCCAAGAUGGGAAAUAUCAAGAGCUUAGUGAAAGAGCAUUCUCAAGAAAACGAAGAGUCCUCCAAAAACCUCUCCACUACAGAAUCUGAUCUGCCAACAGUGGAGGAGCUGAUGAGACCUAUCAGAAUAGAUUCCCUUGGUGUCAGUCAUUUUGACUUCAAACCUGUCAGCUAUAAGAAACUGGCUGGUAGUCAAGAAACUGAAUUCAUGAGCCCUUUCCCACGGGAGGUGACCCAAAAUCUUAUGUCUCAAGAGCCGCAGAAUGUAAAUCAAUUUCCUCAUAGAACUGAAGAGCGUGUGGUUUUGCAAAGGGCAACCAAUGAGGAUAAAGAAAAUAGCGGUCCAGGAGUAAGCACUAUGGAAGAAUGUAUCGAUAAAACCUGUCUUGAUAUUUUGAGGAAAAAAAUAUCUGUUGCUCCUUCAUUAUUACCUCAGGACAGCAAAGUAAAUAAAACUUUGAAAUCGCAACUCAGUUCUGAAGAAGGCACUGCAGCUGAUAAACAGGUACCAUACAAGAAGGCCAGAAGUGCACCUCCUUUGCUUAAAAGGAAACCUCAGAGUGGAUUAUAUGCGUCCGUAAGAAGCUCAGGCUAUGGCAAACCCAGUUCGCCGUUCAAGACGUUCUCUACUCUUGAAAAGAAAACCUCAAAGGAUAUUAUGAAGAGCAAAAACUUGAGAUCCAUUUCCACCUCAAAUCAAGCUAGGAAAAAAGAGAUCUUCUCUGAAACAAAGCUCAUCAAGCCUGCAGCACAGAAUAAACCAUCCCCUAAAAACGAAGUUUUCCCGACUGUUCCUAUGAAGUCUAAAGACAAUACCGAAGUCGAUUCCUGUGGUCGAUUUAAGAAUGAUUCUUCAGACUACCAAAGUGGGAAUAAGGAAACAGAAUUAGUUUUAUUUAAAAGAGUCCAGGAAGCAGAGGAUAAGUGGAGGGGUGCACAGGCUCUAAUUGAACAAAUUAAAGUUACAUUCUCGGAGAAAGAGAGGGGGCUGGAAGAUAAGAUGGAAGAACUGAAAAGACAACAGGAAAAGGAACUCUUGAAGCUGAAUCAAGAGAAUUAUAUUCUUCAGUCCAAGUUAAAUAGCUUUGAAGAGACAAACAGAAAACAGAAGUGGUUACAUUUCGAAGCAACUGAUUCUAUCACUGAGGAAAAAUUGAAGCAUAUCCAAAAAGAAAUACAAGAACAAGAGACCCUUCUUCAGGGAUAUCAACAGGAAAAUGAAAGGUUGUAUAAACAAGUGAAAGAUCUCCAAGAACAGAACAAGAAGAAUGAGGAGCGAAUGUUCAAGGAAAACCAGAAUUUAUUCAGUGAGUUAGCGUCCUUAAAAGAGCAGAUGCACAAAAAUCAUUUCCUGUCUCAAGUAGUUGAAGAUUCAGAGCCCACAAGAAACCAGAGUUUCACAGAUCUGUUAGCAGAAUUACGGUUGGCACAAAAAGAGAAAAGCAGCCUUUUGGAAGACAUCAAAAGACUGAAGCAAGACAAACAGGCUCUUGAAGUCGACUUGGAGAAAAUGAAGAAAGAGCGAGAUCAAGCCAAAGAUCAGAUUGCGUAUGCCACAGGUGAAAAGUUAUAUGAAAUAAAGAUCUUAGAAGACACACAUAAACAAGAAGUUGCCCGUCUGCAAAAAAGAUUGCAGUGGUAUGCUGAAAACCAGGAGCUUCUGGAUAAAGAUGCAGUUCGGCUUAAAGAAGCACAUGAAGAAAUUGAGAAGCUCAAACUUGAGGUCGAAAAACUGAAAACGGAGUCAGGAAAUCCGUCUUUACCGCAGAAGAUGCGUUCAAAAGAUAGAGCAGCUGAUGCCAAAAAGAUCCAGGAUCUGGAGCGACAGGUCAAGGAAAUGGAAGGAAUUCUGAAGAGAAGAUACCCCAAUUCUUUACCGGCUUUAAUAUUGGCUGCGUCUGCAGCAGGUGAUACGGUGGAGAGAAGCACAGUGGAAUUUAUGGAAAAACGAAUCAAAAAAUUAGAAGCUGACCUGGAGGGCAAAGACGAAGAAGCAAAGAAAAGCCUUCGCACUAUGGAGCAACAGUUUCAGAAGAUGAAGAUUCAGUAUGAACAGAGAGCAGAGGAGCAGGAGAAGCUACUUGCCUGCAAGCUGAAGGAAGCGUCCCAGCACCAGUGUGACGACUCCAGGGCGAAAGCACUCGAAGAGGAGCUCAGGGAGAUCAAGGAAGCCCAUCGGGUCACUGUCACAAACCUCGAAGCUGAAAUCGACGUUCUCAAACGUCAGAAUGCGAAGCCGGAGCUCAAGAAAAACGAUGAGGAUGACAAAGGCGUCCAGUCCAUAGAGUUCCAGGUGGAACAGGCACACGCGAAGGCGCGAAUGGCACGGCUCAGCGAGGAGCUGGCGGCGAAGAGCAGAGAGAUACAAACCCUCUCCAAGACCGUGGAGAGGCUCCAGAAGGAGAGGAGAGUGAUGCUGUCCCGCCAGAACUCCAAGAGCCGAGAGGAGGUGACUUCAAAGAGCGCCAAGAGAGAUGCUCCUCAGCCGGGUAGAGGAGGUAGCCACGCCUCCUCUGGAACCCAGAACGGCAAGCUUUACCAGCCCUCUAAUUCCACUGGCUCCCGUCUCUCAGAGGUUCUACAAGAGAACUGCAGGCUUAGAGAUGAACUGGAGGGGUUAAUUUCGGAGAGGGACGAACUACAGAAGAAGUCGGAAACAACAAUGCGCCAACUUGAAAAUUCCAUAAAAAGGGUCAAGGAAGAUACGACAGCACACAUCACCUCUCUCAAGGCGUCUCACCAGAGGGAAAUAGAGAAACUCCUUUGCCAGAAUGCACUAGAAAAUUCUUCUUCCAAAGUGGCUGAACUGAAUCGUAAAAUUGCAUCUCAAGAGGUACUUAUAAAACAUUUCCAAAGUCAAGUUAAUGAGCUGCAGGAAAAACAAGAGUCUCUUGCAGUUUCUCAAGUUCGAGAAGAAAUUUUGCAAAAAGAGAUUACAAAACUUAUCGAAGAAUUGAAAGAAGCCAAAGAAAACCAUACACCAGAAAUGAAACAUUUCACGGGCUUAGAAAAGAAAAUUAAACAGAUGGAAGUAAGACAUGAGCAAAGAGAGCAAGAACUUCAACGGAUAAUACAGCAGACACGCCAAGUAGUAGAAACUGAGCAAAACAAGGAGAUUGAAAAAUGGAAAAGACUCGCACAAUUGAAGAACCGAGAACUAGACCAUUUCCGCAGAGAACUAGACUCAAUCCUGGAUGUUCUUCGAGAGCUUCACCAGCAGGGGGUCGUUGUGCCGGUUGCUUUUGCAGAUGAAAUUAGUGGACCAGAAUAUUACUAGGAACUUGUAUUGCAUGUGAAGUUGUGUCGCGAUCAAAAGGAAGCCUUUGAAAACGGGUGUGCGUGACGUUUCCCAGAAACAAACACAAA